GUGACCCUUCCCGCCUUACAAAAAAAAGAUAAGCGGUGUUCGGCCGUAAAGGCAUGCUUUGGCUUAUGGGAUUGAUAUGAUAAGCAACGCAAGUCUGUGCAGGAACAUGUGUUGAUCAUCAUAAUGCUCUUCUCAACCUCAUACAUGUCGUGGUCACCAUGAGCGAUCAUUCGAAUGAUGGUGCUAGCACCUCAAAUCAAAGUACAAACGAUGAUUCAAUAGGAAACCAACAAUUACCAGUAAUCAAUUUGGGAGCAGGUGGAUCAGCAUACGGUGAUUAUGUUGCAGAGAUUGAUUCUUCAGCUCCGAUUAUGGCAGAUAGAAUAUUCGGGGAUUUAAUUCCACCUCCUUCAAAUAUGAACAGAUCAAGAAGCAAAAGUUCCGCUAGAUCUGGUAAACAAAGUAGAACAGGUGAAUCAAUACAAGAGAAUGUAUAUGAACAAGGCGGAAUCGACGAUUCAGAGGACGAUGAAGAAACCACAAACCCAAAGACAAUCGAUGACGAUCAUUUGGAUUGGGCAAAAGGACUACCAUGGUAUAAGAGACCAUCAGAGAAAUGGUUGCGACCUGUGGUCUUGCUGCUUGCUAUGGGAAGUGGAAUGAUCAUGGGACCAAAGAUUGAUUUAGGAAUGCAAUUGAUUUGUGAAGAAGUGUUGGGAGUUGAGUCCGUUAUGCCAACACCACAUGAACGUCCACCUCUCUCAAUGCAAUGUAGACAGUCAGACGACGUUGCAGCGGGUUAUUCUUCUUUGGCUUUACGUAUCACAUUGGCAAUGGGAAUCGUUUCGGCAAUCACUACUGGCUUUUGGGGAACGUUAUCCGAUAGACGUGGACGAACGAUCCCUUUACGGCUGACGACUUUUGGGAUCCUUGUUAGCGAUGUUGCCUAUAUCGCUUUGGGCUUAUUUCCGCAAUCUGCUGUUCCUUUUGGCAAGAACUUGCUGGUGAUCGCAUCUUUGAUUGAAGGCUUGUGCGGUGGCAUUCCAACCCUUUCAGCAGCAUUUAUGGCAUACAUUGCAGAUGUAACACCAAGCGGAACAAGAGCAACAUUAUUCAGCUUUUUUACGGGGCUAUUCUUUUGUGGAAUCGCAAUCGGUCCUGCUUUGGGUGGUUUGGUCGCAAAGCAUACGCACAGUACGGUAACCACAUUCUACAUCGCUUUGGCAGCACAUUUGAUUUGUUUCAUUUGUGCGGCUUUCUUGUUGCCUGAAAGCAACAGCCCUGAUCGAAUGCGAAAAGCACAAGAUGAAUACGAUGAAUAUGCAAUCUCAACCGCAGCUAGAAGAGCACAGCCAAGAACAGACCGAACGAGAAUAUAUGCUGCUUAUAGAAGAUUGCGAUCCAACGCACUUACGCCACUCAAACCGCUCAAGUUACUUCUCCCGCACAGAAGACAUGAUCAAGUUGAUAUUGAUGAAACAGAAGCAAUGGCAUCGCAUAUAUCCGUUUCGCGAUCACAAAAGAAUUCAUUGGAUUGGAAUUUAACAUUUGUUGCAAUAGCAUACUUUUUAGAAGCUUCAGCGAUUGGAAUAAUGACGCCAAAGAUUAAUUAUGCUAUCAAGAAAUUCGAAUGGGAUGUUUUGGAAAUUGGAUAUUUUUUAAGUUAUGCAAGUUUUACAAGAGUUGCUUGUUUGACAAUCAUUAUUCCUUUUUUGGUUAGAGUUGUUCAUAAUCCUGUCAAACGAAGUGCACUUCCACAAGACGGUAGAUCAGGCAUCAUCGAAGAGGAACAUCAAGCGGAUUCUUCGCAUUUAGAUGAAGAUGGAAGACCGACUGCAGAUGAAUACGAGAAUGCGCCAUUACUGCAAAAGAAGAAAAAGAGCACUGCUGCUCCGAAACGCUCAGGGUAUGGAGCGACAGACAAUACAAACACAUCAUCUGACAGCGAUGAAGAUUCGGAAGAUGAUCAUCCGACACGGGUAGAGAAGUUAUGGGCGAUGCGGGCACGACAUUUACGACAAAUUCACGAUAGCAAAUUCGACCGAAGGCUGGUGAUCGGUUCAUUAAUGAUCGCAGCAAGUUGUUAUUUUUUGCUGGCCAUUUUGUCAAACGCAGGACCGAUUCCUUUUGUCGCUCUUUCUGGUUUGAUCAGUUUGGGAGGAGCAGCUUCUGCGGCUUUGAGUAGUUUAGCAUUAGCACUUCUAGAAAGUGAUCGAGAUGCCGGAAAGUUCUUUGCAGCUUGGAGUGUAUUGAGCGCUUUAAGUCAAACGAUUAUCGGACCGAUCGUGUUUACAGAAGUUUUUGUUAAAACUGUCUCUUUUGCACCUCAAAGUAUUUUUGUUCUUGGUUGUGGUUUGUUCAUCUUUUCGGGUUUGGCGGUCUUUCUAAUUCGUGUUCGUUCUACCAGAUCUUUACCUGGCUUACCGCCAAGACCACACACGCCUGCUUCUCUCAGAGCGCUACGAAAGAAGAAAUCUGGUAUUCUGGAUGACGGUCAAGGCACAGGACCGUUCAAGAGUAGUAGUAGCCGAAUCCGUUUACGUCAGAGCAAUCCUUUCCAGUCUGCUCAAAGUGGGGGAGAUUGAUACGUAGAUACUAUGCUUAAUUGAUUGCAAUGCACUUGCUAUUAUACUGUAUGCUUAUCAUGAGUUAAUACCAUCUUUACGAUAAUUAUAAUGUAUUUGAGC